AUGGCUUCUUCCUCUUCACCGUCGUAUUCGUCUAUGACUCCGGUGGUGAAAGACGGAGAGGGUAGAAACUGGGCGGAGCUUCCGUCUAAAUUAACGGCAUCGAUCCUUGGCAGGCUCGACUGCAUUGACAUUAUGGAAAACGCUCAGAAAGUGUGUACAUCAUGGCGUCGAGUCUGCAAAGACCCUGCCAUGUGGCUGAAGAUUGACAUGCGUAACCUAGGAAAGUUGUCAUACAAGGACAGACACAAACACGUGGCAAUGUGCCGUCACGCAGUCGAUCGUAGCCAGGGAGGUUUGGUUGAGACUGACAUUUGUUAUAUCGGUACUGAUUCUCUCAUAAACUACAUCGCCGAUAGCUCAAGUAACCUGAGAAGCCUUAACCUAGCAAUGUGCAUUACGAUAACAUCUGAAGGACUUACUGAAGCACUUGUGAAGCUUCCAUUGCUUGAAGAACUCGAGGUCUCAUACUGCUCCUUGUCCGCAGAGUCUCUGAAAGUUGUAGGCCAGUCUUGUCCUAAUCUGAAGACACUGAAGCUAAACCGCGAGGUACUACAGCGUUUUGUAUACGUGAGUGACGAUGAUGCUCUAGCAAUCGCUGAAACAAUGCCUGGACUUACACACCUCCAGCUUUUCGGAAACAAAUUAACAUACACUGGUUUAACCGCCAUUCUUGAUAAUUGUCCUAACCUGCAACAUCUUGAUUUACGUCAGUGUCUCAACGUUACCUUUAUCUGGGGUCUGGAGGAGCGUUGUACCGAGAGGAUCAAAGUUUUGAGACGACCUGAUGACUCGACUGAUGAUUACCCAUACAAUGUGACUGUUAUCCGCAUGGAAACAUCUAAAGAUCCUUACCAUCACUUCUCAAGUGACAGUGACUGUUUUGACUACGAUCCGUAUGACAAUGACGAUGUUUAUUAUUAA